AUGACUGCUGUUACAGAAAAUUUACCCAAGGUGAUAUGUGUAGCAAGAGCUAGAAUUCCAACUACUCAGGGGCCAGACAUUUUUUUACACUUGUAUGCGAAUGAUCGCGAUAAUAAAGAACAUUUGGCAAUAGUAUUUGGAGAAGAUAUCAGAUCUCGUUCGUUGUUCCAAAAAAGGCCCGGUGAGACGCAAAGGGACCGAAUGGUACGUGGAGCUUAUGUUGGAAAACUUUAUCCUGGUAGAAAUAUUGCAGACGAAGAUGAUCGUCUGGGGUUAAAACUGCGGUUUGAUGAACAAACGGGCACCUUGAUUACUGAUCCUCAUACUACAUGGGAUGGCAAAGUUAAAGAUACACUUGUGAGAAUUCACAGUGAGUGUUAUACUGGAGAAACGGCGUGGAGUGCUCGUUGUGAUUGUGGGGAACAAUUUGACCGUGCUGGAAGGUUAAUCGCAUGCGAUUCGGAAUUGGAUACGGGAAUCAUAGGUGGUGCAGGACACGGGGUGAUCGUUUACUUGAGGCAAGAAGGCCGUGGGAUCGGUCUGGGAGAAAAAUUGAAAGCUUAUAACUUACAAGAUCUUGGAGCAGACACUGUACAGGCAAAUUUACUGCUGGAGCACCCGGUAGAUGGCAGAGACUUCUCAUUAGGUAAAGCCAUUUUGAUAGACCUCGGGAUCCACAAUGUACGGCUGUUGACCAACAACCCGGACAAGAUCUUACAGAUCGAACAACCACCAUUGAUAAAUUGCGUUGAGCGUGUUGCGAUGGUACCACUGCAUUGGAAUUCAGAGACCAGUGGAAUUCAUUCGAUCGAGAUUGAAGGUUAUUUGACCACUAAGAUUGAACGUAUGGGACAUCUCUUGCAAAAACCUCUCCAAUUGCAUACUAAGACAACAGCGACGACGAACGAAUCUUAA